AUGGGCAGCAUCAACCACCCGGUCGGAAACGCAACGUAUACGCAGUCGACGGUCGCGAUCAUCGGGGCAGGCAUCUCUGGAAUGUGCAUGGCCAUCGACCUCCUCCGCCGCAACCACCGCAACUUCGUGAUUCUCGAGAAGGGCAGUUCCGUCGGGGGAACCUGGACUGAUAAUAAAUACCCCGGGUGUGCUUGUGACGUCUGGAGCGCCCUAUACAGCUACUCCUUCGAGCAGCGCGCAACCUGGACACGCGAGUACCCAGGGCAAGAAGAGAUCCUGACGUAUCUAACCGGCAUCGCGGGGAAAUACGGGCUAUACCCGCACAUCCGGUUCAACUCGACGGUUGAGGAGGCGCGGUGGGAUGAGGACACACGGCAGUGGAGGGUUAAGGUGUCUGUGUCUGGCGCGAAGGACGCGCAGUUUCAAAGUGGGUAUGAGCUUAGUGCGAAUGUGCUUAUCUCGGGCGUGGGCCAGCUGAAUAUGCCUGCUUGGCCGGAGAUCGAGGGGAUGGAGGGGUUCAAAGGGAAGAGCAUGCAUUCGGCGCGGUGGGAUUGGACAUAUGAUUUUGCGGGGAAGAGGGUUGCUGUCAUUGGGAAUGGCGCGACGGCCACGCAAAUCGUACCGGAAGUCGCCAAAACCGCGUCGCAUCUCACUGUAUACCAGCGGACGCCCCAAUGGAUUACCCCUCGCGACGAUAAAGCCGUUCAUCCGGCGCAAAAGGCUCUCCUGUCGAUUCCGUUCUUCCGCAACUGCAAGCGCUCGUUGAUGAUGCUGUACCGCGAGAUGAGCCAUGACUUUGUUGUCAAGACGGAUACCAAAUCAUCGCAGGAGAUCCGCGAUCUCGGGGUCGGCCACAUCAAGAAGGGUCUGCCGAAUAAGCCGGAUCUGUGGGAAACACUGACGCCCACAUACCCGCCCGGCUGUCGACGCAUUCUGUCGUCAGACGACUAUUAUCCAGCUCUGGGCAGGGAUAAUGUCAAGCUCGACACGCGGAGUAUCCAGCGCAUCACCGAGACGGGUAUUCAAACAGCCGACGGCGAAACCACAGACUUCGACCUCAUCGUCUAUGCGACCGGCUUCCGAACAGUCGAGUUCCUGCACCCGAUCAAAAUCUACGGUGCAGGCGGGCGCGAUCUGUCGGAGCUCUGGAGCGGCGGCGCAACAGCCUACUACGGCGUGACUGUCGAGGAAAUGCCGAACUUCGGGCUCUUAUAUGGACCGAACACGAACUUAGGCCACAACUCGAUCAUCCUCAUGAUCGAAGCGCAGAGUCGCUACCUCGCCGCCUUGAUCGACCCCAUCAUCCGCGCAAAAGAGGCCGGGCAGUCACUGGCCAUUCAGCCCAAAACCGAGGUCGUCCGCGCCUUCAAUGUCGACAUCCAAAAGCGCCUGGCGAAUAGCACCUUCGCUGACCCGGCGUGCAACAGCUGGUACAAGACGUCUGAGGGCCGGAUCACGAACAACUGGCCCGGCACGGUGGUCGAGUACCAGCAGGGUCUGGCGCAGGUGCGAUGGUCAGAUUAUGACAUUGAGGGCGACGAUGACAGAAGAUUUGUUGGCAAGGAAGAAACGAGGAUUGGGCAUGUAGAAGAGGUGUGGCCAGUGAGCAAGUCGACGCUGCUGCUGGGGCUGAGUGUGGCCGUUGCGGCUGGAGGGUGGUAUCUGCAGGGGGCGAGGGGAAGGCCGCGGAGGCGCUGA